AGCACAAAACCCGAUUCAAGCCCCAAUUUUACUUAACAAAUCAAUUCAAAAUCCCCAACUGAUAUCCCUCGCUGCAAAUACAUUAUGGUUCAUUCCUGAAAUAUAUUUUCAAAUCUCUAUUUAUGCUAGCUAUCCUUCCGGCGAACGCACUAUUCCAUCCGUAUUUUCUGUUCGGCCCGGCGGCGGAGGACGGUGAAGUUUCGGUUUUUACUCCGGUUUGUUCAAAACCCUAAGUAUAAGUAAACCCUAAGUUUACACAUUGUUUUUGUGAAGAGACCUUAACAUGGCUGGACCAAUUCGGGAGCAAGCUCUACCGCUACUCGCGUCCGCUAACAACCACGGUGAUUUGGCAGUAAAACUAUCUUCGUUGAAGCAAUUGAAAGAUGUAUUGUUAUCGGCAGAGCCAUCUCAAGUUGCUGAGCUUCUCUCUUAUUUAAUUGACCUUCAGUCUUCACCUGAAAGUCUCUUACGCAAAGGCCUCAUUGAGGUAAUUGAGGCGGUUGGGAUGAAAGCAAAGGAACAUUUGUUGGUAUUAAUGCCCGUAUUAUUUGCAUGCUUAAAAGAUAUGAAUUCUAUGGUGGCAAAGCAAUCAGUUAUAUCUGGCAUGAAAAUCUUUUGUGGUGUAUUGGAGGAAUUAUCAUCUCAGUUUCACCGGCACGGUAUAGUUGAAAGGUGGCUUGAAGAGCUCUGGACUUGGAUGGUCAAAUUCAAGGAUACUGUCUUUGGAAUCAUUUUUGAGGCAGUCCCUAUUGGUACAAAAUUGCUGGCGUCGAAGUUCCUUGAAACAUAUAUUCUACUUUUCACAUCAAGUGAUUCAGAAAAAUCUGGAGCUCAAGCUAAACAUGGAUGGACUUUUAAUAUUUCAUGGGUAGUUGGUCAUCACCCUGUUCUUGAUCCAGCUUCACUUGCAUCGGAUGCAAAAAAUAAAGUUGGCAUUCUAUUGGAUUUAUUGCACUCAGCUAGUUCUCUCCCUGGUUUACUAACCAUAUCCGUCAUUAAUAGUUUGGCAGUUAUAGCAAGGAGGCGACCUAUCCAUUAUAACCGCAUUUUAUCAGCAUUGCUUGAUUUUGAUCCAAACUUUGAGAUGACAAAGGGUGGACAUGCUGCCAGCAUUCAGUAUUCUCUGAGAACGGCCUUUCUAGGAUUCCUGAGGUGUACACAUCCUUCCAUUUUGGAGUCAAGAGAAAGAUUGAUGAAAUCUUUGCGAGCAAUGAAUGCUGGUGAUGCUGCUGAUCAAGUUCUUCGGCAACUCGAUAAAAUGAUCAGAAACAAUGAGCGAGCUUCACGUGAUUCUAGAUUGAAUAAAGAUGAGCAGUUAUCAAAUCACUUGCCCAUUUCAGGUGAUCCAACCAAGAAGAGGUCGACUCCGUUAGAUAAUGAAGAUCCAUCUAAUAAUUAUGAUCUAACUACAAAAAGGGUUUAUUAUGGUCCAAAUAAUCACAGUCACACAGCUCCAGUUGAGAGAAAUGAUUCUGGGAAAGAAUAUGUCAACGGGGUGGACCCAACGGUUGCACAAAUAAUUAACAUGAUUGGUGCUCUUCUAGCAGAAGGAGAAAGGGGUGCCAACUCUCUUGAUCUCCUAAUAUCCGAGCUUCAUCCUGAUGUAUUGGCUGAUAUAGUCAUAACUAAUAUGAAGCACUUGCCUAAAAACAAUCCCCCUCCUUUUGCACCGGUUGGAACCUUUUCAUUACCUCGGGCGAGUGAUUCUACUAAUCUAUCCCAAAUUAUGGCACCAAUUGAUUCCUCAUUAGGCCAACAGUCUUGGGUUCCUGUAUCCCAGACACCCAUCUCUUUAUCAACUGCCACAUGCAGUACAUUUCCAGAAAUGCCUACUUCUGCAAGUCUCCCUUUAGAUUCAAAACGUGAUCCCAGAAGGGAUCCACGGCGCCUUGACCCAAGGCGAACAGCUGUCGCUGUUGAAGUAUCACCACCGUUUGUUGCAGAACAUAAUACAAGUGCUAUGCAAUCUGCAAUUCUGCAAUCUGACAUAAAUCCUUCCAGUUCAUCUAAUAUUGAUAUUGCAGUACCCUUGAUGUCAAGUUCUGAAUGUAUGCCAAUGACUUAUCUGAAGAUGGAAACUAACUCUAUCACUGGUGAAAGUUCACCAGGACCAGUAGUCGGUUUGUUAGCUCCCAAAGAGGAAGGUCAUGAGGAAGACCUGAAUGAAGCUAUUCCUGAUCGCAAGUCGGAUCCCACAAUACAUGUUCCACUAUUAUCUCCUGGCAAAGUAGAACCGGAAUUGGUGCCAGAAAUUCCAUCUGAAGUUGGAGUAACUAAUGAAAUUUACUCUCCUUUGUUAGAAACAGAUCAACUUUCUCCCCCUAUAUCAACUGCUGCAACUCCUGAAGAUGCAUGUGAGGACUUGCCUGCACUUCCGCCAUUCAUCGAACUGACUGAUGAGCAGCAAAGAAAUAUGGGAACCCUGGCUGUUGAACAGAUAAUUGACUCAUAUAAAAAAUUAAAAGAGACAGACAGUAAGCAUACAGGAAUGGCAUUACUUUCUCGGUUGGUUGCCCAGAUUGGUGCUGAUGCUGAUGCUCAUGUAGUUCUGAUGAUCCAAAGGCAUAUUUUCUCAGGCAACCAACAUGAGAAGGUACAUGAGCUUGCAAUGCAUGUGCUUUAUCAUUUGCAUUAUCUCAUGCUAUUGGGUUCGGCUGAAAAUAUUUCAUCUGCUGCUGCUCUAUAUGAGAAACUCCUCCUCAGUGCGGCAAAAUCGUUGCUGGAUUCUUUACCAGCAAACGACAAGUCAUUUAGUAGGCUCCUUGGUGAAGUUCCAUAUCUGCCUGAAUCUGUGAUGAGACUGCUAGUUGAUUUAUGCUCUGACAAUUAUCUUGGGAACGAUGGUCGUGAUGGUGACCGUGUUACUCAGGGCCUUGGUGCAGUUUGGAGUUUAAUCUUGGGUCGCCCCCCUAAUCGUCAAGCAUGCAUGGAUAUAGCUUUGAAGUGUGCUAUUCACCCUCAGGACGAGGUCCGAGCAAAAGCUAUUCGCCUGGUGUCAAACAAACUUUACGUGGUUGGUGACAUUUCAGAUAAUAUCGAGCAGUAUGCUAAGAAUAUGUUCUUGUCAGCUGUAAACCAGCAUGUCACAGAUGCAGAAUAUUCCCAGUCUGGAACUUUGGUUCAGAGGACAGGAGAGACAGGAAAUCAGGAAGCCUCAGUUAGUGGUUCUCAGAUUUCAGGGCCAGGAUUCUUUGAAAAUGAUUUUGUUAAGACUGCAGCAACUGAUUCUCAAAGUGAUUCAGAGUUGUCUUUAGCUCAAGCUCAGCGGCUUAUCUCGUUAUUUUUUGCUCUAUGCACUAAGAAAUUCAGUCUUCUCCACCUUGUAUUUGAUACUUAUGCACGUGCUCCUAAGGCAGUUAAGCAGGCUGUUCACCGUCAUAUGCCUGUUCUUAUUAGGGCUAUAGGCUCUUCAUGUUCGGAACUGCUUCAUAUAAUAUCUGAUCCACCUCAAGGCUGUGAAAAUCUUUUGACACAGGUGCUUCAUAUUCUCUCUGAAGGGACAACCCCUCCGCCUGACUUAGUUGCAGUUGUCAAGCGGUUAUAUGAAACUAAACUGAAGGAUGCAACUAUUCUUAUUCCAGUGCUCUCUUCAUAUUCUAAGAGUGAGGUUCUACCUAUUUUCCCAAAUCUUGUUGCUCUCCCACUGGAUAAGUUUCAGCUUGCCCUGGCUCGGAUAUUACAGGGUUCCGCCCAUACUGGUCCAGCACUGACCCCAGCAGAAGUGCUGGUCGCUAUACAUGAUAUAAAUCCCGACAGGGAUGGCCUUCCGCUAAAAAAGAUAACAGAUGCUUGCUCAGCUUGUUUCGAACAGCGUACUGUUUUCACGCAACAGGUCCUGGCGAAAGCCUUGAGACAGAUGGUUGAUCAGACUCCUCUCCCGCUGCUCUUCAUGAGAACAGUGAUUCAGGCCAUUGACGCGUUUCCUACUCUGGUUGAUUUUGUGAUGGAGAUACUCUCCAAACUUGUGGUUAGACAGGUAUGGAGGAUGCCAAAAUUGUGGGUGGGAUUCCUAAAAUGUGUCUCACAAACACAACCACAUUCUUUUCCUGUACUACUACAGUUGCCACCAGCGCAGCUUGAGAGUGCUCUAAACAAAUAUGUUAAUCUCCGAAGUCCAUUGCUUACCUUUGCUAAUCAGCCAAAUAUUAAAACUUCACUCCCUAGAUCAACCUUGGUACAACUUGGUCUUUUUAAUGAGAGUUUGCAGCAAUCACAUCUCUCAUCUACUGUGCAUGCCUCAGAGACAAGUGCUUCUGUUCAUGGAACAACUCUAACAUGAUAGUGCACUUUCUUAAAGGAAUGCAGUGUAGUAAUACACGGCGUAGGCACCAGUGUUACUGCAGCUCCUUAUUGCAACAAUCUGCUAUAAUUCUCCAGAGUUGUAAAUUGUGGCUAGUAUUUGCGCCCCUUGGAAGUUCGGCUCAAUCUGCUGGCAACAAGAUGGCUCAUGCGAUGGCAGUGUCCAAAAGUUUUGAGGAGAAAUCUCCCUUUGGAGAAUGUACCAUAAGACAUCAAUUUCCCUGCAGUUUCUUACCAGCUAUAUGUUUGUCAUUCAUUAUAUUUGUGUAAUUUUUCUGCCUACAGGCAUCAGUUGAGGUGUCUAGGCAACUAAUUGGUGCUGUGGGGAGUAGAAUAGCUGGUAGGUCAGGUUAUUUAGAACCUUUUGUAUGAGAGGGAGGCAGCUGGAAGUGUGUAAUUGUACUGUAGUUUUAUAGCCCCAUCCCACUUCCCCUUACCCCUCCCUCACUUGCCUCACUUGUGGUCAUCAGAGUAAAUGGGUUCAAUUAGAGAUUACAGAGUAAAGGGAAAAAAAGAAAGGAACACUUCUCUAGUUUCUUCGAAAAAGCUCUCCGAACAAAACUUAUUAAAAUGAAAAAGAGAGUUUAUUUGUGAAUGAAUGGUAGAUUUGGUCAGGUGAUUUGAAUUAUACACUUUAUUCGAUGGUUA